AUGAAAUAUGAUAGUGGAUUUUACAGAUUAUUUCUAGGUCUAAUGUAUUUCCCCAGUUUUUAUGUUUUCCUCUCAUAUCAACAAGUGACUGAUUGGUUUCACGUGAUUUUGCUGCACUGCAUCAUUCAACCAGAGUCUAGUGGCGGUGAAUCUGAAGUGRCCGAUGGGCUGUCGGUGUGCGACCGUCUGAAGGAAAUAGACGUGGACUGCUAUAAGACAUUGACCACGGUGCCAGUGAGGUGGAUUGAUCGUGGUCACGACGGCGGCUACAACUUUCAUAACGUUUACAUCUCACCCAUAAUUUGCGAAGACAAUUAUGGGAAUGUCAAGAGAAUCAAUUUUAGUGAGCAUCAUAGAGAUUCAAAAUUUCCUAUAUCAGUAGAUAAAGUACACAUUUGGUAUGAUGCAAUCGAAAAAUUUGUAAAGAUUGCGUACAACGAAAAGAUCAUCAGCACUUUUAAAAUGAAACCCGGAGACAUUUUAACUUUUGAUAAUCAUCGAGUACUUCACGGAAGAAAAGGAUAUAAAGGAUCUAGAUUAUUGAUUGGUGGUUAUUUGGACUGGGAUUUGAUAAAAUCAAGAACUCGUGUACUCCAAUCUCAACUGUCUAAUAAGAAUAUUAAUUGAUCGUUAAAAUGACUUAUGAAUGCUUAAAUAAAAUGUUUAUGUAAUCUAGUGAUUUGUGAACCAAUAAUAUUAUACUAAAUGAGUUCA